CUUGAACAAUUCUCAUCGGACUACACAUGCUUGGAUCCAGGACAAUGCCUGUUCAUGAGCGAUGAUGUUCUCCUAUGUAUUUUCUACUGCAUCCUCCUUGUUCUAUCUUCAAGCUGUAAACAAUGAAGAUAAGGCCACGGAGAAUUCACCUAUCCAUCCAAAACAUAUUGCAUGGUCACCGCAGCCCUAUCCGUCAGCACAAGAACAAAAAUCAUGCGACGUUUUAAAAUCCUCACUGAGCGACGAUAGAUUUUACACCCCAGAAAUGCUGCAGGUUCUCUCCAGCGACGACUUAUAUUGCAUCCUCGGUGUCCCUAGGUCCCUAACAAUUGACAAGGUAACCAUCAGACGCGCCUAUCUUUCUCGAAGCAGGGCUUGCCACCCAGACAAAUUUCCCGGAAAUCCUGACGCGACGUGUGCUUUCCAAAAAGUCUCCGUUGCAUACGAUGUCCUCAGCAAUCCCUCCUCGAAACGCACUUACGACUCUCGUCCUGCACACUCAUACCCCAAAUAUGACUUCUUUUCCCAGUCCUCUCCCCAUGCAGACGAAACAUUGAAGGGCGUCCUCUUGAGCGUAUUCAGCGAAUUUCUCGAAGGCGACUUUGAGAUGAUACGCACAUUUCUCAGGGCUAUCAGUGACCUGAACCCAUCACUUGAGUUAGGUGAUGACGGCAUAAACUCUGUUCUUUCGGUCCUAUUGAGUGUCCGCGAACGCAUCUUAACCUGCCGCACCUGUGUCGUUGCCCUCCACAGCGAGCUCACUCGCGCCCUCGAGAUACAAAGCGCCUUCCGUCAGCUUUCUUACUUCGACAUUGCUGGCCGAUCCCGGCUCACUAUCCAACUAACACGCAUCACCAUUUCCUUGCCUGUCACUCUCGAAAAUGCCGUGCAGGCUCAGUACACCAACCCCGCCUCUACUCAUCCUACGAACCACAACCGGGAAAAGGAAACGAAUAAAUUCGCGCUGCUGCCCCGUCGUGUCGUUCUUCUCAUAAGGGGCAUCGACGUGGUUCUGGACCGUAUGGAACGGAUUCUCGGAUAGACUCUGCAUUCUUUAAACACUAUCGACUUUGAUUUACUGUCAGUUAUAUCUGCGUGUUUCAGCUUGUUUCAGUAUUGUAUCCGAAGGACGACCCCCUCCCCGCUGAUCUAUGCAUAGAUUACUUCUAUAGACAACCCUCCUGACAUUCUGCCCCAUGUAUGUACUCAUACCAGCACAUUCACAC